AUGACAGUUGUGGAAGCUAUUAUAAUGAAGGUUGUGAUGGGUGUUAUGAAUGUUAUCACUAUCACGAGGAAAGGUCGUACAGUUUUGGAUAUUGGCCUUAAGGUGGUAUGCAUCUGUCAAGGAUUGUGUGGUGACCAUUCAACAAAGAAUGUCAAAAGACCAUUAAUAAGAAUCAGGAAUAGGUUUGACUUCAAUCUCAUUGACAAUGUUGAGAGUACAGUGAAAAAAGCCAGAGAAUAUCUUGAUGAUAACCAGCCUGGACCAGCAGCUCUUGUGCUCGAUGCUUUAACAGUUGUUCUUUUACCAGCAGACAGUGAGAGGUUGCCUUCAGGCCAAGUUGUGUCAGCAAUGAAAAGGUUGCGAAAAGCUUGGAUUGAAGUGUUUAUGCAUCCUGAUUUGCCCAAGAAUAUGGAGGAAAAACUUAGGGACCGGUUAAAGAAUGCUGUUGAUGGGGCUCAAAUUUGCUCACCCGAGAGCUCAGGCUUUAAAGUGAUUCUUGAAAUGAAGAAGUGGAAUGAUGCUUUACUUCUUAAAUGUUUCGAUGGGAAAUUGAAGAAUGAUUUCAUUAUAGAAGAUGAGGAAGUGGUUGAAGCUCGACUAGCCUUCCUAGAAAAGAAACAAAGGUUUUCUGAUGCACUAUCCUACAUGAUCGGUUGUAAGACAUUGGAAAAGAGCCGCAUUGCUUCCUUUUACAAUUUUGGAAGUACUGUACCUUUAACAGCUGAAAAGUUCCUGGCAAACAUUACCCACUACAAAAGGAAGUUUGUGCUUUUACUAGCCAAGGCAGGGAAAAUGGAACAAGCCCUACAUCUGCUGAAUUUGCCAGCCUCAGUGAACAUUUCUGCUAGCAUUUUGACUGAGACAGGUUUUAAAGAUUCAAGGGGCACUACACCUUUAACACAAUGUACCCUUGCAACAAUGGAUUUUGCAACAACUAAAGAACUCUUAAUUGCCAUGGUGAAUGAAGACAGUUCUACAGAGGUAGGGAAGAUUCCUUUGCCAUCUAGCAUACCAGGAGAGAAACUGAAAGAGGUGUUGGCAUUUAUAAUGACAGCGACACAAGUGAAUUCUAAUCUUCGCAGUGAACAGGCGUUUCAGUGGUAUAUUAACACAUUCUGUGAGUCAUCCAUAGUGAACAAGUGUUCUCCUGAACAAAGUCAGGAAACAAUAAGAAUUGCAGGGGAGAUUGUAAUCAAAGCAAAAAAGGAGUUUCUUUCACAUUUUGAGAUCAAGCCUCCUAAAGAUGUCUCUUUAAAGGUGUUUGUUGUGGAAGUGUUUGCAUCUGUUGUUGCUAAUCUCUUUGUCAACAACAACUGCUAUCCAUUCUUUCCAAUUACUUACACCCUGGAGUUGUUCAAGAAAAAGGAUUUAUUGUGGGCUUGUGUCUCAGUGGUACUCUCGCCAGUUCUUGCCAGCAAAAUCAAUGGUCAAAUACUGAAUUUUAUUCAAGCAAAUGUUAUCAAAAAACUUGGAAGUCAGUGUAUUCCUUUUGAUGUCUACAAGAGCUGGAUUAAAAAACAAGUUGACAUUGGGGGAAUUGAGAGGAAUUAUGAGAUUGCAUUGCUAAUGUUAAAAGAAGGAAAGAAAAAGUCAGGUCAUUACUUGAAUAAAUGUUUAGAUGGCUCUUCAGUGCGCAAGAGGGCUGUUUUGCUUGUCAAGACCCUCCUGAAGAGUAUCGAUGCCUUGCUGAGCAAGACUGGCAGCUUUUAUGGGAAGGACAGGCUUUGUGGAGUACUGAAGAAAAUCAAGAAAGACUUCUCCAGGGAAAUUGUUAAAUUUGGAUUGGAUUCUUUAGAAGGGCAGCUGAUGGAGUUGACUUUCAAAAAUGAUCCAAGCUUUGAGAAUUUUGAAGAUGUUAGGAAGGCUUGUGGGGAUGCUGAAAAGUGGCCUUCCUUAAAAUCAGAAAUGAUAGACUUUCUCAAGAAGGACCCAUCAAGCAGAUCUCACGCUGCAUGUUGUGUUGAAGUGUUUGGAAGAUAUGGUAUGUUUGAUGAAGUGAAACAAGCCCUUGCUGCAGUUGGUUACUCAUAUGUUUCCAAUGUUUGUGAAAAGAUUAAAGAGACUAUGCUAAAGUUAAGUAAACCUGACGAAAGGUGCCAGUUUGUUGACGCGUGUUGUGAUUGGUUGGGUAAGAUGCUGUGCGAUGUCGCAUUCUCCAACUGGCGAUAUAGCAGUAACAAUUUGCCUGAUUCAUUGGUUUCCUGUGUUAAAGAGAUUGCUGCCUUCAAACAACAGACUUCUAGUGACAUCCUAGCGGCAGCGAUGCGUCGUGCAUCUGAGCAAUUUUGUCGAAACACUGUUCAAUACAAAAAGCGUUGUGAUUUUGAACGUUGGCUGAGGGAAAUUAAGGGAUUGUUUGGAAAAUGCCAGCUGACCGCGUGGAGCUGGGCCUUUCACGAGCUCACAACAGGACCGCUAAAACGAAAGCCUGCAGUGAUAAAGCAUUUGGUCACAAGUGCUUCUUUGCAGUCAGGAACACUCACUUAUCAGCAAUUGCUUUCAAUGCAAACUAAAGCUAAGGCGCACGAAAAUGUUGCGUCCCUGCCAAGAUCAAAGGCAUCCGUGUUCGUGGCAAUCGCUUCGUUGCCAACCACCUCUGCAUCUGUCAGUGCCUCUCCAACAACUCAAACCGUCCCAGGUCCUUCCUCUGGUAAGAAGCUUGGUAACCGUGCCCUCACAGGGAACCAAUAAAUUUUUAGCAGCG